ACAUUGCCUGUUGGCACCGUCUAGGGGAUGGGCCUCAGCUUCCUGAGCUCCAGAGAGCUCUGCUGGGCCCCUUGUACUCCCACCUCCUCAAAGCCAAGAGGAAGGAGUGUUCUCCUUAUGUGACUAGGCACAGGUUCCAAGUGGGGAGGGGACUGGCUCAGCAUCCGGAGCCAAAAUAAGAAUAGAACUGGGAGCUGAGCCUGGAGCGGUUCUGGGCUUUUGGUUCUCUGCAUCAACACAGCCAGCAUGCCUAUGAUUUCUGUGCUGGGCAAAAUGUUUCUGUGGCAGCGUGAAGGGCCUGGAGGACGAUGGACUUGUCAGACAAGUCGCAGAGUGGCCUCGGACCCCGCUUGGGCUGUGGAGUGGAUCGAACUUCCUCGGGGCCUCUCUCUGUCUUCCUUGGGAUCUGCUCGGACCCUCCGAGGCUGGAGCCGGUCCUCCCGCCCUUCCUCCGUGGACAGCCAGGACUUGCCAGAGGUGAAUGUUGGAGACACAGUCGCGAUGCUGCCCAAGUCCCGGAGAGCCCUAACCAUCCAGGAGAUUGCUGCGCUGGCCAGAUCCUCCCUGCAUGGUAUUUCUCAGGUGGUGAAGGACCACGUGACCAAGCCCACCGCCAUGGCACAGGGCCGAGUGGCUCACCUCAUCGAGUGGAAGGGCUGGAGCAAGCCAAGCGACUCCCCUGCUGCCCUGGAAUCAGCCUUUUCCUCCUAUUCAGACCUCAGCGAGGGCGAACAAGAGGCUCGCUUUGCGGCAGGCGUGGCUGAGCAGUUUGCCAUUGCAGAAGCCAAGCUCCGGGCAUGGUCUUCAGUGGAUGGUGAGGACUCCACCGAUGAAUCCUAUGAUGAAGACUUUGCUGGAGGAACUGACUCAGAGAUGGCCGGACAGCUGCCUCUGGGGCCCCAUCUCCAGGACCUCUUCACUGGCCACCGAUUCUCCAGGCCUGUGCGCCAGGGCUCUGUGGAGCCUGAGAGCGACUGCUCGCAGACCGUGUCCCCAGAGACCCUGUGCUCCAGUCUGUGCAGCCUGGAGGAUGGGUUGCUGGGCUCCCCAGCCCGCCUGGCCUCCCAGCUGCUGGGCGACGAGCUGCUCCUCGCCAAACUGCCCCCCAGCCGGGAAAGUGCCUUCCGUAGCCUGGGCCCCUUGGAGGCCCAGGACUCACUCUACAACUCGCCCCUCAUGGAGUCCUGCCUUUCCCCCGCCGAGGAGGAGCCAGCCCCCUGCAAGGACUGCCAGCCUCUCUGCCCGCCGCCGGUGGGCAGCUGGGAACGGCAGCGGCAAGCCUCUGAUGUAGCUUCUUCUGGGGUGGUGUCCUUAGACGAGGAUGAGGCCGAGCCAGAGGAACAGUGACCCAGAUCAUGCCUGGUGGUGGCAUGUGGCUCCUGGCCACCGCUGGGGGCAGAGCCUCUGUGCCCAAGUGCGGGCGAGAGGCUUCCAGCAGAGCUCCAAAGCCUAGAGGGCUCCUGGGAGCGCUCACUCCUCCGUUGUGUGUUUUGCAUGAAAGUGUUUGGAGAGGAAGCAGGGGCAGGUUGGGGGCGCAUGUCCUGCCCCCACUCCUGGGGUUUGCCGGGGGUUGCCCGGGGCCCCUGGGGCAUGGCUACAGCUGUGGCAGACAGUGAUGUUCAUGUUCUUAAAUCAAAAACGCCACAUACACAUUUCCUCCUUGGAUGAUGUGAACCCCUAAGGGGGUGGUUGUGACUGGGCCGUGUGAGGUGGAACAGGAGGGAGCCCGGCGCCCCCGCCCCCUUCCCCAUGCCUCUCUCUUCUCUGCUUCUCUCCACCUCUAAGUCCAUGUGCAGUGCUCGAUAGAAUCCCCCUACCCCAGGGUGGGCUGGCUCUUACCCUCCUGGAGCCUAGGCUUGAGCCGUCCCCCAAGGGCCCCUUGCCCAGCUGGGCUCGUGCUGUGCUUCGCCUCUCCAUCUCUAAAUCUUCUUCUUUUUCCUAAAGAAAGAGGGGUUUUGGUCUGUUCUUUCAGUCGGGGUGUUCUCUGGGAGGCACUGGAUUGAUGAAAGCAUCUACUCUCCACCCUUUUCCUGGCCCCUUGUAGGAUGUGUGGGCAGGGUCCCAGCGGCUCCCAGCCUGUCUGGCUGCCCCAUACCCCAGGUUCCCCUUAGAGCCGAGCUGGGAGGGAGUAGGUGGCCCUGGUUGCUGGGGAGCCGUGAAUGACGGCCAUGUUCUUCCAGAGAGGACCACAAGGGGGCCACGCGGGUGGCUGGGCAGCUGUCUGCUGACUCCUGAGCCUGGCAGGAACUGUGCCAACAAGUGACAGUCAUAUGGGAGUGUCUCUCCUUGGGGAAGGAGGAGGGUAGUGCCUUUCUUGGCUGAAUCCAAGGCCAAAAACUACAGUACCAAGGGCCUCUGCCCCAGCUAGGGUUUGAUAACAGAGCAGUGGCAGCUCUGUGGGUCAGGUAUUCCAUAGACCCAGCAAUGGAGCUGGAUGGCUGUGGGGGCUGUGGGUGGCUGAAGAAUUCGGAGCCUUGUAGGCUUUGGCAGGUGAGACGGCCCAAGGUAAGAACAAGAGCUGAUGGGCACAGGAAUUCUAUACAUAAGUGGCUCAUUAGGUGUUUAUUUUGUUCUAUUUAAGAAUUUGUUUUAUUAAAUUAAUAUAAAAAUCUUUGUAAA